AUGGGUGCCAAUUAUUGGGAUAUUAUGGAGAUGGGGAUUAAUAGUUCUACAAGCUUAGAUCAGAGAUAUAACUCUACCACAAGUGUAGAGUCUUCUCAGCACUUCAAUGCCAUUGAUAAUUGUUGGAGGAGAAGAAACCCUAGAUGGGCAGAAAACAGAAUGGCACUAGCAGACUGUGCUAUUGGGUAUGGAGCUUAUGCUCAGGGUGGUAAAGGAGGAAAAAUAUACACAGUCGUAAGCUCUGAGGAUGAUGCAGUUAAUCCAAAGCCUGGCACUUUACGUUAUGGAGUAGCUCUUCCUGGACGUGUUUGGAUUGUGUUUGGAAGAAAUAUGAACAUUGUAUUGAAAAUGCCUCUUGUUGUAGGAAGCUAUAAGACAAUAGAUGGACGAGGAGCUCAGGUUCACAUAUCCGGAGGUGCUUGUAUACUUAUCCAUGAAGUGCAAAAUGUAAUCAUCCAUGGGUUGAAUAUCCAUCUCUGUAAGCCUACAGACCCUGGAAGAGCUGAGGGCGAUGGGAUUUCUAUUAGGUCAUCAAGGCAUGUUUGGAUUGAUCACAAUACUCUAUCCAUCUGUCAUGAUGGGCUUAUUGAUGUAACGUUGGAGUCCACUUAUGUUACUCUUUCAAACAAUUGGCUUAAACACCAUCACACAGUUAUGCUUCUGGGUCACAGUGACCAUUUUUCAGAGGAUAAGUUGAUGCGAGUUACUGUGGCUUAUAACCAAUUUGGGCCUGGUUGUGGUCAGCGUAUGCCCAGGAUAAGAUUUGGAUACGUACACAUUGUGAAUAACAACUAUGAGCCUUGGGGAGAUUAUGCCAUUGGUGGGUCAGCACACCCUACGAUAAGAAGUGAAGGAAACAGGUUUCUUGCCCCCGCUGAUAAGUCCAUAAAACAGCAUGCAAACCUGAAUUAUGGAGAUGGAAGUCAGUGCAUGAUGAAUUCCUCAAUGGAGCUUAUUUUGAUGAAUCAGGCAGAGGCAGGGAAGAUCCAAAAUAUGUUGGGAGACAAAAAAUUUAAAGCUAAGAAAGGAAAAAUGGUUCCAUAUUUGACUGCAUAUGCAGGCAGCUUAAGAUUCCUGUCCACUGGCUAUGGUCUAGCAGCAAAUUACAGUUGUUCAGUAAAUAACCCAAGUUUGAACCUCAGCAGGUCUGAGAAUAAGGAGUGUCUGUCUCAUUUUGGUUUUAGAGCAAACAACGAUGGCCGAGAGGGUAGUACAUAA